CCCUCCGAACGCUCGCACCAUCCGAUCCGAAUCCUACUACUACUACGACUGCCACACCAGCUGACUCCCGAGAGGCAUCAUGAAGCAGCCGGCGCAUCAUCUGCUGCUCGCCGCCUUCGCGGUGGUCCUGCUGCUGUGCGCGGGGGUCGUCGCCGACGCGGCGACGUGCGACGCGACGCAGCUGACCCCGUGCGCGGGCGCCAUCAUCGGGAACGCGCCGCCCACCUCGGCGUGCUGCAGCAGGUUGAAGGAGCAGCAGCCGUGCCUGUGCACGUACGCGCGCGACCCCAACCUGCAGCGCUACGUCAACUCGCCCAACGGCAAGAAGGCCAUGGCCGCGUGCAGGCUGCCCGUGCCGUCCUGCUAAUUGGUUAACUUCUUCGAUUCGCGUCGGCACCGCGCGCGUGCGGCCGGCCGGCCGCUACCUUGUUCCCGACGUCUUGAUCUCCGUUGUGUUGUGCUGGUCUCCGCUGCUUCCUGUAUCUGCCGUGCCGAGCUAGCUCCUCGGGCUCUUCGCGUGUAUGAAUAAAGGAUGUAAUAAUUACGUACGCUGUAUUUAUGUGUCUUCGUGGCCUCGUGGCUUUUCUCAUUAAGAUCAGUAAAGGAUGCAUGGUGGCAAAAACUAGUGCCGACA